GCGCUGAGCGCCGCGGUUGCUAGGGGGAAGCGGCGGGGCAGCAUGGCGGGCGCGGCGCUGGGGCUGGGGCUGGGCCCCGGCGUGCUGGCGCUGCAGCUGCUGUGGGCGCUGGCGCUGGUGCUGUGCCUGGUGCUGUCCCGAGCCGCCGGGCGAGCACGGUUCACCGUGGUGCUGGUGGCGCUGGGAGCCGCCGUCCUCAGCGCCGCGCUGCUGCUGUUCCCGCGGGAGGAGGAGCGGCCGAGCACCGCCGCCGUCUAUGAGAUCGUGGACACCUUCUUAAUCGGCCGCUUUGUCCUCCUGGCUGUCAUGUCCCUGGUCUUACUUGGGUGCCUGUUCCUGUUCCUGAUCUACCACCUCAUGGAGCCAGUCUACGCCAAACCGCUCCCCCGCAGCUAGCAGCAGCUGGAGGCAGCAAUCCCUGCCAAAAGGAGAUCCCAGGAUCGUGGCAGUAAACCAGGAAAGGGAGACCAGGAAGCUGUUCUGGAGGUGAACCCAUCGGUUUACCAGGCUCAGAAGGAGCCAACGAAGCAACUGAAGUGUUUUGCUGCACGCAGAACUGUGUCUUUCAUCUCUAAAAGCAAAGUUUGGCCAGGCUGGAUGUGAUUCUGGGCAACCUGGUCUAGCUGAAGCUGUCCCUGCUCAUUGCAGGGCGUUGUUAUUGGAUGAGCUUUGAAGUCUUUUCCAACCUAAACCAUUCCAUGAUUCUAUGAUUGGGCAUGAGCACCUUCCUCUCCAGAUGGGUUUAAGCCUCUUACAGGUCCCAGAGGUGCUUUAACUUCUCUCUUCUCUUUUCCAGGAGAGUUGAAAUCCGUGCACUUUGUGCCACACUUGAUCCAAUGCACUGAACCGAGAUGGUUUGUUAGUGUGGUCCACAAGAGCUGGUUUGUUACUGUUCCUUUUUCACCCGUAAUAAAGCUCUCUGAGAAAUCCCUGA